AUAAGUCAAUGCAAAAUAUACAGAUGCACACAGACAACCACUAGCAUUGGGGACUUUCGUAAACUACGAAGUAUAUCAAAGUCACUUCUGGCACUUCAAUUGAGUCGGUACAAAACAGAAGAAAGAUGGCAAGUGACACCCCAUAUGAAUUUAAAGAAGUGUGCGUCGAAGAUGUCGUGUCCAAAGCUAUGGUGGAACUUGAGUCGGCACUGGCGGGAGAACACGAAGAAGUCUUAGUUGAAAAGAAGGCUGCUAUAAUGGAAAUUGUCAGGAAACAGGUUGAGACUGACGCCAAUCUGUCUCGCAAACUAGCUCCAUUAGUAACCAACGAAGCUGAAUCGGCAGAACUGGAGGCCGUGAUGUCAACAGUCUUACCAUUGGAUGAUGUGCAACUGAUAAAGAACACUUUCUUGUUUGAAACGUAUCAAGUAGAGGUUUACAAAUGCAGCAUACCGGGUCCCAAAUCUUUUGUCAAAUUUCUACGUGAGGGGGAAGAGAUGUUUCCGGAUAUGGCUCUGGAUUCAUCCGGUAAAGUACUGGAUGCAUCUUGGCUCCAAUGGGCAAGCAUUGCAAUUGAAAUAUUUAUGCUUGUGCUCAGUGCAGUUGGCAUAAAGGUUUCAUUUAACCAAAGGCAAAUGGCGAAAGUAACCAGAUCUGUAGAGAGGAUCAUCCAGUCUUCGGCAUUUAAAAAGGCUUUGAUUGCCUUCAAAACGGCAUGGUCAAAAGGGGGCGUCUGGAACAGGGCUAGGGCCGUUUUUGAUUUUUUGAGGAAAAGUUUCAGUGCCGGAAUCUUUUGGAAGAUUGUAAAAACUGUUUUGUCCACAAUGUCUCUCUGGGAUUAUCUGAAAGCUAUGGCUAUCAUCGCAGCCAUGAUCGUUGCUGCCUUUGCAAGUGGAGGAUUAGCUCUGAUUGCGAAAGUAGUAUUGGCUUUGCACAGCGCAGUCACGCUUAUUCAAAAAAUGGCAAACCUAGAGGUUCUCGAAAAGAUACAAGUAUAGUUUACUGGUUAGUUCAAUGAUAAAACUUAACAUCAGUGAGAAUGUUUGUCGAUUCUGACUUGUCUUAGGAAUGAAGUUGUAACCUGAUCAUGUUGGAAGUUACUUCAUGCUAUAAACCUUUUGCUUAGUUCAUAUAAUCCAUUUUCCGUGAAUUGCAGCUUUUUAAACAAUUCUAAACAUUUCUAAAGGGGUGGUAGUAGGAUUGUUUAUAUGUCUUGAAUUUCAAAGCCAGAAUGUAUUUUACCAAAUAAAAAACUGUUGUAUUUGACUAAAUAUAGAAACAUGAUGUGUUUGUACAAAAUAGAAUCUUAAUCCGUUUCUGACAGUUCUUAUAUAUUGAUAUAUUAGCUAUCUUCAUACAGUUUGUAAUACAUUAUAGAAGCAUGA